AUGCCCAUUAGGCGAAGAAUAAAAAAUUCUGUCGGACAUUAUUCGCGUGCUGAACUCUUAGUGAGGGGAGCCACUUCAAACGAUUCCUCCAUGCCCGGUCCGGAACUUCUUUUGGAAAUUGCAGACAUGACGAUAUCCCCAUCUCUCUAUGCUGAUACGGUAGGCAUGAUAUGGAAGCGGCUAAAUGACAAGUGCAAGAAUUGGCGACAUGUCUACAAAGCUCUCGUUGUUAUUGAGGCAUGCUUGCAAUAUGGAAGCAUGCGCUUUGCUAAAGAAUGUCGUGCUCAACUACCGCAAAUCCUAACUCUCUGUGACUUCGUAUAUUCAUAUGAUCAAAAUUCCAAUGCUGGAUUUCUUAUUAGAGAAAAAGCUCAACGUGUAGUAGCUCUUCUAAAAGACGAAAACCUUCUCAAACAGGAGCGACAGACUGCAAGAACGAGCCGUCCAAAGGAUAGAGACGGAAAUCUCGAUUGUAGACGUCGCGCUAGAUCGGUUUACAAUCCUUCGGAUGAGUAUGCGGUGCGCACGGAGAUAGAGAACUGCGAACAGCUUAGAUUGGCAAUGAAUCUUAGUCUCCAAAAGCCCUCCGAUAAUACUGCGACAAAAUCUGCGCCAGACGUCAAACCCACUCUUUUAGAAAGCUCGCGAAAAGCAGGCAAGAAGUGUGAAGAUUUGCUGUGCCUUGACGAGGAGCCCCCUAAGUCAGGACGACUCAACUCAUGGUUAGAGUCGCGAUUCAAGCGCUUCUCCAGUCUUUCCGUCUCCGACCUCUGCACCCCCUCCUCUAGCUCAACUGAUCCUGCACCACCAGUAGCGGAUAAGUGGAGCGUAAAUUCAUCGAAAAUUCCCCUCCUGAAUGCUUCAGUUGAGUCACAGAAAAGCAGUGCCUUCGCCGACUUGAGUGGACUCGACUUUGGUCCACUGAAUAUAGGAGGACCAGUAGAGCAGCCACCGGUUGAUGAGUUUGGAGGAAUCUUUACAUCCGACAAAACGCUGACACCUUUGUCGCCCACCGGACUGCCCAUCCAUAAGACUUCAGCGGACGAAUACUUUGAAAGCUUGGCGAAGGCAGCAGUUCCAACCGCUAGACCUGUCACUCAAGCUGCCUCCACUGUUUCUGCUUGUAAUAAUGCUCUUGUUCCCGAGAAACCUUCAACAACCACAGAAAAGAUGGGCUCCAAAAUCUCCAGCAUGCUUGGCAAUCAUCGAGAUUUGGUGGAUUUGGAUGACAUCUGCAGCAUUCGAAAACCACCACCACCCGAUGCAUGGAACGUCUUCGACAUCAUUUCGAAACCACCUAUUGGGGACACUUCAUUCAACUGGGAAACAAGAACAUCACUUUCAACCGUCCAACAACCCGUCUUCAGCGCGGUAAAUCAACCAGCACCAUCAAACUUUCAACAGAUCAAUGGGUACAAAUCGACCUGGGCGACAUUCACCGACCCCGCCCCACUGGCAAACAGCUUCAUUUCACCUCCAAACACCAAUCGUGUCUCGGUUGCAAACACCAAUCCUUUUCUUUGA